CAGCUGGACAGGAUUGGCGUUUUUUUUCCAAAUAAAUGCGGUGUUGUAUUAUUCGUGCGCAAUUUUAGUAGAUUUCUUCAAGGAUUGUUGCUAUUUACUGAUCAAAAAUGAAUGCACCGCCAACCUUUGAAUCGUUCCUUCUUUAUGACGGAGAAAAGAAAGUACAGAAAGAAGAGGACACCAAAGUUACCAAUGCUGCGAUAUUUACCGUAAACAAAGAAGACCACACGCUCGGAAACAUGAUCAGACACCAACUGCUUAAGGAUCCUAAGGUACUUUUUGCAGGCUACAAAGUACCUCAUCCGUUGGAACACAAAUUUGUACUGCGCAUUCAAACAACCUCUGACUAUACUCCACAAGAAGCAUUCAUGAACGCUAUUACUGAUUUGACAUCUGAACUGUCUUUAUUUGAAGAGAGAUUCAAGGAAGCAAUCAAAGAAAAGAAGGAAGGAUUGGAUUAAUUUAGAAUUAAUUAGAAUAAUUAUA